AGGGACGGGUGGCGGAGGAGCUGCAGAGAUGUCUGUCCAGAGCCUGACGGACCGGAUCACCGCCGCCCAGCACAGUGUCACUGGCUCGGCGGUGUCCAAGACGGUAUGCAAGGCCACGACCCACGAGAUCAUGGGGCCCAAGAAGAAGCACCUGGACUACCUAAUUCAGUGCACAAAUGAGAUGAAUGUGAACAUCCCACAGUUGGCGGACAGUUUAUUUGAAAGAACUACUAACAGUAGCUGGGUGGUGGUCUUCAAAUCUCUUAUUACAACACACCAUUUGAUGGUGUAUGGAAAUGAGCGUUUUAUUCAGUAUUUGGCCUCAAGAAACACGUUGUUUAACUUAAGCAAUUUUUUGGAUAAAAGUGGAUUACAAGGAUAUGACAUGUCUACAUUUAUUAGGCGGUAUAGUAGAUAUUUAAAUGAAAAAGCAGUUUCAUACAGACAAGUUGCAUUUGAUUUUACAAAAGUGAAGAGAGGGGCUGAUGGAGUUAUGAGAACAAUGAACACAGAAAAACUCCUAAAAACUGUACCAAUUAUUCAAAAUCAAAUGGAUGCACUUCUUGAUUUUAAUGUUAAUAGCAAUGAACUUACAAAUGGGGUGAUAAACGCUGCCUUCAUGCUCCUGUUCAAAGAUGCCAUUAGACUGUUUGCAGCAUACAACGAAGGGAUUAUUAAUUUGUUGGAAAAAUAUUUUGAUAUGAAAAAGAACCAGUGCAAAGAAGGUCUUGACAUCUACAAGAAGUUUUUGACUAGGAUGACAAGAAUAUCAGAGUUUCUCAAAGUUGCAGAGCAAGUUGGAAUUGACAGAGGAGAUAUACCAGAUCUUUCACAGGCACCCAGCAGUCUUCUUGAUGCUUUGGAACAACACUUAGCUUCCCUGGAAGGGAAGAAAAUCAAAGAUUCUACAGCUGCAAGCAGGGCUACAACACUUUCCAAUGCAGUCUCUUCUUGGGCAAGCACUGGCCUGUCUCUGACCAAAGUGGAUGAAAGGGAAAAGCAGGCAGCAUUAGAGGAAGAACAGGCCCGUUUAAAAGCUUUAAAGGAGCAGCGUCUAAAAGAACUUGCAAAGAAACCUCAUACCUCUUUAACAACUGCAGCCUCUCCUGUGUCCACCUCAGCAGGGGGGAUAAUGACUGCACCAGCCAUUGACAUAUUUUCUACUCCUAGUUCUUCUAACAGCACAUCUAAGCUGCCAAAUGACCUGCUUGAUUUACAACAGCCAACGUUCCAUCCAUCUGUACAUGCUAUGUCUACUGCUUCUCAGGUAGCGAGUACAUGGGGAGGGUUCAGUCCUUCUCCAGUUUCUCAACCACACCCUUCAACUGGCCUUAAUGUUGACUUUGAAUCUGUGUUUGGAAAUAAAUCUACAAAUGUUAUUGUGGAUUCUGGUGGCGGACUUCUCAAACCAACAGUGGCCUCUCAGAACCAGAGUCUUCCUAUUGCCAAACUUCCACCUAACAAACUCGUUUCUGAUGACUUGGAUUCAUCAUUAGCCAACCUUGUCGGGAAUCUUGGAAUUGGAAAUGGAACCACUAAGAAUGAUGUAAAUUGGAGUCAGCCAGGUGAGAAGAAGUUAACUGGAGGAUCUAACUGGCAACCAAAGGUUGCACCAACAACUGCUUGGAGUGCUGCAACAAUGGCACCCCCUGUAAUGGCCUAUCCUGCUACUACACCAACAGGCAUGAUAGGAUAUGGAAUCCCACCUCAAAUGGGAAGUGUACCUGUAAUGACACAACCAACCUUAAUAUACAGCCAGCCUGUCAUGAGACCACCAAACCCCUUUGGCCCUGUAUCAGGAGCACAGAUACAAUUUAUGUAACUAGAUGGAAGAGAAUGGAAUUAACCCAAAAACACAAGUGCUCAAAUGGCGAAUCCUUACUUCCAGCAAAAUCCAGACUGCUGUCUCGUAAACUCUUCUUCCAUUAGAAUGCUACAGUAACCAGUGAAGGCCCAUGAAGGGACUUGGGACUAGUUUAUAGGAGAACGUUAUCAAUACAAUUUAUAAAGCCAAGAAUUGCCAUGAUAAAGACUAAGAUCUUUUUGGUGACUAACCCUUCAGUUCUUUCAAAUCUUAUUAAUACCCAUAAUCAGUAACCUACCAAGAAAAGCCCUUACUUGGAGAGUGUGACAUUUGUAUUUGGAAAAGCUGCCUGGAGAGAAGAGUUGUGUCCUUUACAGCAAUUCAACAGGACUCGAUGGGGGA